GGGACGGGGCGAGUUUCAGUGAAAAAGGAGGGGGCGAGGCCGGAGACGUGUGGGUAGGGCGGGGUCUUCGAGCCGGACUCUGAAGGAAACAGUUUCCUCCACGUGUCCGACCAAGGUGCCAGGGAGGAAGGCCGAAGAGGUUGAGGGGAACGCUGGACAGAUGAAGAAAGUCAGGAGGGGCCAGACUCAGGCUCUGCUUCCUCACGCAGCAGUUACUUGGCUGCUGAAAUACUAAACGCCUUUGUUCUGCGCCCGCCCGCGGCUUCCCGCCGAUCUUCGCACUCCCCAUCCCCACCCCCACCCCUGCCUAGCUAGUGGCUCUUCGCCCCCCAUGCGACUGCAGCGUUUGGAGCUGGGUAGCGGGCGCGCGCGCGAAAGCCGGGUCUGCUCGGUCUUGAGGUCAGGGGCGCGACGAGCGGCAAUGCGAUGGGGAACUGUUGCUGGACGCAGUGUUUCGGGGUCCUCCGCAAGGAAGCUGGACGGCUCCAGCGUGGAGGUGGCGGAGGAUCAAAGUAUUUCAGGACGUGCCCAACAGGCGAGCAUUUCACUAUAGAGUUUGAAAAUCUAGUAGAAAGUGAUGAAGGGGAAAGCCCAGGAAGUAGUCAUAGGCCCCUUACUGAGGAAGAAAUAGCUGACCUAAGAGAGAGGCAUUAUGAUUCUAUUGCUGAAAAACAGAAAACAUUUAAUUUGAAAAUUCAAAGAGAGUUAGCCUUACAAGAAGAGAAGUUAAGACUAGAAGAAGAAGCUUUAUACGCUGCACAGCGUGAAGCAGCCAGGGCAGCAAAGCAGCGAAAGUUCUUGGAGCAAGAAAGGCAAAGGAUUAUGCAACGAUCUCAUCAUGCUAAUACUGGAGAAUAUCAAAGUUCAGGGGCAGAAGAAGACUUUGAAUAUUAUUUGAGAAAUACAAAGUCACAAUAUGAAGUUUUUCGUAGUAGUAGGCUUUCAUCAGAGGCCACAGUUUUGACCCCAAACACAGAAAGUAGUUGUGACUUAAUGACCAAAACCAAAUCAACGAGUGGAAAUGAUGACAGCACAUCCCUAGAUUUAGAGUGGGAAGAUGAAGAAGGAAUGAAUAGAAUGGUCCCAUUGAGAGAACGCUCCAAAACCGAAGAGGAUAUUCUACAGGCUGCAUUAAAAUACAGUAGCAAGAAAACUGGAAGUAAUCCUACCUCUGCUUCUGAUGAUUCCAAUGGGCUGGAAUGGGAAAAUGAUUUUGUUAGUGCUGAAAUGGAUAACAAUGGUAAUUCAGAAUAUUCUGGAUUUGUGAACCCUGUUUUAGAAUUGAGUGCCUCUGAGUUAAAAAAAUCUGAAGCAGAUCAGCAAGAUAGAUAGGGAGAAAUCUUCUGGCCUUUUUAUCAGUCAUGACCAAAUGUUUAAAAUCAAAUAGAAUAUAUAUGUUUGUUCUGAGCCUUUUUUGUAAGGAAGAAAUUAUGUGAUAAAAGUUAAGUAGCAAAGAAUAAGAGUGAUAAAAUCUGUCUAAAUUCAGAAUUAAGUUUAAUUUCAUCAUGAUUCUCUCAUGCUUCUGAAUAUGUUGUAAAGAUUCUUAUUCAGGUACCAUUUGGAUUGGAUAGCCUCUGAGGUCCCUUCCAACUCUUAGAUUCUGUGAUUAUUAAAAACUGUCUGCUCUUAUUUAUGUAUACCAAUUUAAUAUCUGUAGAUUUAAUUUGUUUCUUUGGAAAUAGCUUUCAAUUUCAUUUUCUUUGCAUGGCGCUAAUAUUGUUUUAAAAAAUAAAAACAUGAAAAUAAUAAGGCCUUUUUUUUUUUUUUUAGCAGCUAUAAAAGGCACUAUUUCCUGAAGGUUUUUUUUAAGUUUUCUGUGUUCAGUAACCUUAACCAGAGCACUAAUAUUCAUUUCUAUCAAAUUGCUAAGAUAUUAUGUUCAUGGUAUUAUUGCUAAACAGGAUUGUUAUGAGGCCUGUGAAAGAAAUGAGCACUCUCAGAAUUGGAAAUUUUUUCAUUAAUGAUGAUCAACACAAAAUUGAGGAUAGAGCUUAAGUGUUCCACUUGAGAGUUAUAUAUUCCUGCAAAGGGAGUGUUUACUUUAGAUUGUAUUUCCAAUUUCUAGCUGUUAUUUUUUUAAAUCUAUAUUGGAUGAGUUUGGAAUAAUAAAAUAAAAAACUUGGCCAGAGGACUAAAUUCUUUGCUGAAUAAAUAAUGUGGGAGUUCCUAAAAAGAAUCAAUAUAAGUAUCUUGAAGAAACUUGUUCUUGUAUAAAAUAACAGAUUUUAUUUGGUUUUCUCUUGUAUUGUUUUUAUGUAUUAUAAUAAAGGGGUGCUCUGAGAAGUAAAACUAAGUGUAACUUACAACUAUAAGUUAUAACUACUGCUAAGAUCCACAAGAUGUCCUAAAAGUCUUAGUGUAGUUUUAAUCGACUUCAGACAACACCAAGGUUUUUGGGACACCAUACAUAUUAGGCCUUUCUUUUCUCUACUUUGUAAGGAAGCAAACUCCUUUUAAUUAGCUGCAUUUCUUGAUUUUACUAGCGGAUCUAGUAUAAUUUCAGUAGCUAAAUUGUUGUUUCCUUAGUAGUUCUUUUUCUUAUAACAGUGUUAAUGUACUUAUUAAUAAGACACCAUAGAAAAACUAAGACACAAAUGGUGAUGGAAGUUCUUGCUGUAUUUUUUUAAAUCACAUGGCCAUUCAAUAUUUUAACUUGUCUGAUGAGCAAGGGUAUCUGUAAAUUCAUCUCCUUUUUUAACUUGUAAAACUAAGACACUGACUGAACAUGUAAAUAUAUUUCAUUAAAGAUGUAAUUAUUUUAUGAGUUUUGCCAUAAUUUAAGUUUGUAGCUAUGUCAUUUAAAAAUUUUUAAAUGUAAUCUACAUUCAUGCUGCCUGUAAUAUGCUUUUUAAAGUUUGUAUACAUCAGAUGUAUAUUUUUGUUUGGGCAUAAGCUACUUGCUAAUUUUUCUUGGUAUUUUGUCCAUAUUACAGACUUUUGAAGGAAUGGAAUCAACUUCUCAAAAGUUAUAAAUAAAUACAUUUUUACAUUUAAAAAUAAA